AUGGCAACAGAAAGCCGCCUGGUUCCCACCACGAAAAGAAGAAUGAUCCGAAGGAACAACGACCCUGUGCUGCCAAAGGUCUUCUUCGAUAGGGCCCAGAGUCUUUCGCCCUUGUUUAAGAUACCUAACCAAGAAUUUUGCUCAGGAAUGUCCUUGAAACCGGAAGAUCAUUACAAAGUCUUGCCUUGGUGGUACCAUUAUUGUCAGGAUUUGCGGGAAAACCUUGUUAAAAAUAAGCAAGGGAAAGACCACUUCUCUGCUGCCCACCUGUAUAUCCUGAAUGAGCUGCAGGCCUAUAAGAAGAGGAUGAAGGCAAAGCAGCUGAAGAAGAUGAUGUCCUGA